AUGAGCGAGAUUACUGUAACCAAUGAUAAAGGAAGGUUGUCAGCAUUUGAAAUUAGUAAAAUGAUUGAAGAAGCUGAGAGAUAUCAUGUGGAAGAUAAGAAUUUUUUAAGAAUGGCCAAAGUAAUGAAUAAAUUGGACUUCGCAGUUUACGGAAUGAAGAAUACUUUAAAAAUAAAGGAUGUUAGUCUAAAGCUCUCCCCUAAAGAAAGUGAGAAGAUCAACAAUGCAAUUACUGUGUCCACAAAGUUGCUUGCUAAGAAUAACCAACACAAGGAAAUAGAUGUUUUAGAGGGACAUCUGAAGGAGCUGGAGUGCAUGUUGGAACACCUUAUACCAAUGACGGAUUAG